AAGCGCUGCUGUGUCAACACCCCGCGCGCUGUGCACAUCCCUCCUCUCAGCUGACGCCGUCUGCGUGUAGAAAUCUCCACACUUCUGCAAUGAGGUUAUGAUGCACCCUUUCUGGGUUGUCUGCUGUGUAAUAGAUGUUAGGUAAAAUGGCACUUUCCCAGUCAAAACCAACCAAAAUGGGAAAGUCGAGACUGUUACGCAUUUUUAUGAUAGUCGGUGCAGUCUUCAUGAUCCUCCUUAUAAUCAUAUACUGGGACGAUGUGGGGGCCUCCAAUUUCUACUUGCACACAACAAUCUCUGGUCCUCAUCCAUCACGCCUUCCUCCGCAUAGCCGUUCUGACCCUGAAAAGAAAGCGGACGAGGACAAAGAGACCUCGUUUUUGACAGACAUAGAUGCUUUUGUCAACCAGUUUUUGGAGGGUACCGCAGACCCAACGGAACAGGUGCGAGGAGAGACUAUCAAUCAGUCCUCAGAGAAAUCGGAGGAGAAGUUUGUUCCGAGGCGAGAGUGGAAGAUCCAUCUGACGCCCAUCGCACCGGAGCUGAAACAGAAGCAGGAUAACCGGAAACAGAUUAUCCAAGAUUUGUGCGGUAACAAAAGUCUCUUUGACUUUCCAGGAAGGAGCAGGACUUUCGAUGACAUACCCAAUAAAGAAUUAGAUCACCUCAUCGUGGACGACAGACAUGGGAUUAUUUACUGUUACGUUCCCAAGGUCGCAUGCACAAACUGGAAGCGCAUAAUGAUCGUGCUGAGCGAGAGUCUGUUAAUAGACGGCGUGCCCUACCAGGACCCUCUGGAUGUUCCUCAGGAGCUGGUCCACAACAGUAGCUUGCACUUCACCUUCAACAAGUUCUGGAAGCGAUAUGGGAAGUUCUCGAGGCAUCUUAUGAAAAUCAAGCUUAAGAAGUACACCAAGUUCUUGUUUGUGAGGGAUCCGUUUGUGAGACUCAUCUCUGCCUAUCGCAACAAAUUUGAACAAGCGAACGAGGACUUCUACAAGAGAUUUGCAGUUGCCAUGCUAAAAAGAUACAGCAAUUACACCAAUCCACCAGCUUCAGUGGUGGACGCUUUUGCAGCUGGGAUUCGUCCGUCUUUCGCAAAUUUCAUUCAGUAUUUAUUGGAUCCGAAAACAGAAAAAGACGCGCCUUUUAACGAACACUGGAGACAAAUGUACCGUCUGUGCCAUCCCUGCCAGAUCAAUUAUGAUUUUGUGGGAAAGCUGGAGACUUUGGACGAGGACGCUGAGCAUUUGUUACGGAUCCUCCGCGUAGACAACGUCGUCGAGUUCCCCCAAAGUCAUCGUAACCGAACGGUUAGUAGUUGGGAACAGGACUGGUUUGCCAACAUACCUCUGAAAGCUAGAAAUGAGCUUUACAGGCUUUAUGAGGCGGACUUUAAACUGUUUGGGUAUUCUAAACCUGACAAGCUGUUUCAUGAGUAAAGUUUUUAUGAUGAUACUGGGAUGCUGAAAAUACAAGAACAGCAAGAGGACCAUAAGAGUUUCCGCUGCCUGAAUCUUAACAUAGAUUUUUAGAUGAUGCAAUGCCUAAAGACACUUUCUGAUGACUCUGACCAGUUUUCCCUUCAACAGAGAGGGAAAGUCGAAGUCUUGCAAGAAGGUUUAUAAAAACAAUCUGUAAACAGAAUUCAUGACAUGAUUUGGACUCGUGCCAUAAGACUUGACUUGGACCCCUGUAUGCUUUUAAUGUGACUGCAUCUUAAUGCAAGGGUCCCACUCUUAAAAAGCACGGCUGACAGUGUCACAGAAAGGGCAGUUUUACCAAUGAUGUGCCAUGCAAAUCGAUCACAAAGAUGUCAGUCUUGAUAUUGUGCUAUGAUAUCCUAUGCUACAAAAAACGUAAUGCGUCAAUUGGGAGGGUUUAAAAGUGCAUUGGGAAUGUUGAUGUGAGUCAUGUGAAAGACGCCUGUGGGCAUUUAAAGUGAUAAACUGUAGCAACCGUACAUUCCUUUGCACACAGUUUAUGCUUUAGCCGGCCCAUUUACCAGUAUUCUCCCAAAAUGUGUGUCUUGUAUUUCCGUGGCCUCGUGGACGGUUUCAGAACUUUUUAUGAACUCAAAACCUGCACAAUUUUCACGUGUUUUUAGAUGUGAAAUCUGAGAUGUGAGAAAAACAAACGUUUCUGUGAUUUUCAUCACAUAUUGUCCCAGGAAAUCUGUUUGUCCCUCGGUUUUUGGUAGAUCUAAAUGAUUUAAUAAUGCACCACCAAACUACUUUAUCAAAGAAAUCUAAAAAAAUAUUGUACGUUUAGGAAAUGCACAUAGAGUAUUUUAGAGUAUUUUUGUAACAAUUUACUAUCAAAUGUGAAAAGUGAAGGAACUUUUGUCCUGAAGAAAAAAGGUCAGUUUUACAGAGUGCUUUACUGCUCUUCUACAGCGGUUUAUUUUGUAUAUUUUGUUUCGAUUGUUUUUUAUUUGUUUUGGAUUUUUUAGAAACUUAAGUUCAAGGUGUAUACUGCACAAAAAUGCCAGUGCUCUGCGAUAAAGCACAUUUUAAAAGAAUUGUCACAAAUUUGCAAAUGAGCUGUUAAUUAACUUGAAGAACUUUUUUUUAAAGCAGAAACUAUAUCACAGUGUCAGUAGUCUGAAUGAGGCCUGUUCUUAUCUUGUUCCUUUUAUCAUUUUUGUUCUUCUGUUAUUGUGUAGCGGGGACUCGAUGAGCCCUCUGAUCUGCAACAUGCUUUAGCAUGUGUGCCUUGCGGUCCUUUUCAUAAAUAUGCAUCACUCGCAAGUAAUGUAGCAAAAAAGUUUUUGCUCUGGUUUGCUUUCAGUGUCAAAUAAUGGACUUGUUUGCAUAUUGUUUGGAAUAUAGUUGCAGGCACAGGGUAUUUAUUUCUGAAGCACAGUUAUAGUUUCGAAUUCUCUUAUUUGCCAUUUGCUCUUUGAUAUUCAUUUUCUUUACAUCAUGUUUUGUUGUGCACUUUACACAUUAGAUCAGACGUAUAAAGAGAUCUUUAGGUCAGAGAGAGAGAGAGGCAUGUGAGGAUGAAGUGUGUGUUGUAGAUUGUAGUAGUAAAUCCAAGCACAAGUGUAGCAAGAUCAUUGUGAAGUGAUGGGUCAGAGGGAACAUGAUGCCCCCGUUCAGCCAGCCCUCAGGGGAAGCCACCAUCUGGAGUCACUGCAUUGAUGGGCCCAUUGGUGCCUUUGGAAAAACGUUUACAAAAAGUAUUUUUCUAAGUGGGUCUCUGACUUGCAGUCAAAACAAUCAAAAGUCCAUAAAAAUAGAAAAAAUGUAGUAGUACAUUCAAUGUGUUGCAUAAUGACAAUUAGUGAAAGAUUUAGAUUUGUCUUAUCGGUUCUAGUUUUCCCUAAUACAGAAGUGAUAGGAAAAUGUGAUAGGAAAACACAUUUGUGCAGUAUUUGCCUAUGCUGUUUGUUUCAAAAUGAUGUCCUGUUUUUGUGCCACAACGUAUUAAGGUGUUAUAUUGCAAAGUGGUUGUUGUAAUGCCAAUAUUAAUGUCUUUUUUUAUUUGAUGUAAUUUUCGCCAUAGGAAUUUCUUGCAUGAAUUAAGUUUCAGGCAAACAUGCUGGAAGCAAAAGGGAAACAUUUGCUACAUUCAAGUGUUAGCUUGUAUUCUUAACUUUUGGUUUACCUGGUUGGUUUGCCGUUUGGUAAUGUACAUAACUCUUUUAUUUAUUAUAGUAUUAUUUAUGCUUCAGUUUUACAGUAAAAAAGCUUAAUAAAGUUAGCAUGGUGCAAACACUGUAA